AACGGAACAAACGUACUAAAAAAAAAAUUAGACCGUUUCUAGAAAUCUAGUUUAUAUUAUAUCAAAAACUUUCUAUAUUCUAAAAAAAUAUAUAUGUCUGGUUUUAACGUUUUUUAAAAUUAUGCAUUUUUACAGAAUGAUUCAGAAAUUUUAACGUUAUUUGGGUGCUAUCUAUUUUUUUUGUAAAAAAUUAUGGCUGGAAAUUUUUGGCAAAGUUCUCAUCAUCAGCAGUGGAUGCUGGAUAAACAAGACCUUAUUAGAGAUCGUCAACACGACCUCAAUAUACUGUCAGAGGAAGAGUAUCAAAAAAUAUUUAAUUUCUUUGCGAGUAUAAUUCAAGUUCUCGGAGAACAGCUGAAACUCCGACAACAAGUGAUUGCGACAGCUACGGUGUACUUCAAGAGAUUUUACGCUAGGAAUUCUCUUAUGUGUAUAGAUCCGUUAUUAUUGGCACCAACAUGCGUUUUUCUUGCAUCAAAAGUCGAAGAAUUCGGCGUGAUAUCAAAUUCACGACUGAUAACAACUUGCCAAACUGUUAUAAAGAAUAAAUUCAGUUAUGCAUAUGGUCAGCAAGAAUUUCCAUACAGAACCACUCAUAUAUUGGAAUGUGAAUUUUAUUUGUUAGAAAAUUUGGACUGCUGCUUAAUAGUGUAUCAACCAUACAGGCCUUUACUUCUAUUUGUACAAGAUAUUGGUCAAGAUGACCAACUUCUUACUUAUGCUUGGAGAAUUGUUAAUGAUUCACUAAGAACUGAUGUAAGCUUACUAUAUCCACCCUAUCAGAUUGCAAUAGGAGCAUUGCAUAUAGCUUGUGUGAUGCUUGGUAAAGAAAAUCUAAAACCAUGGUUUGCAGAACUUAAUGUUGACAUGGAUAAGAUACAAGAGAUUGUACGUUCUAUUAUAAAUUUGUAUGAAAUGUGGAAGAGUUAUGAUGAAAAGAAAGAAAUACAGCAGCUUUUAGCUAAGAUGCCAAAACCAAAGCCUGCACCCCAAAGAUAGAAAAUCUUCAAUAUGUGCUCGAAGCUAAAACUGCAUUGAUAUUUAUUGAACCUGUUUAUAGUGUAUUAUCACUAAUAAGUUGAUAAUAAGUAACUUUGUAAUAUUACUAAUUUACCCAAGUUCUAUAUUUUGUCACAUUCUGUGAUACCUUAGUGACACCAACAUGCUAAGUUCCUGUUAGGUAAUUUAGCUUAGUUUUCAACUUGCAUACAUACAUUGACUAACUUUUAAUUUUUAAAAGACUGGUAGUAUGUUAUUUGUGAUUUUAAAUAAAUCUGAAUUAAAAUAAA